UAUUUUCGUUAUUUCCAUAUAUCUUUUCUCGCCUAAAGAGUGCGUAUAUAAUUUAUAAAUUCGUACCAAAAUGAAACCUAGAAAAUAUGUAAAACCGUACAACAGCUAUUUUAAGAACUUGAAUAUGUCAAGUCACGGACUUAAUCAAGGAAAUUCCGAAUUGUUAACUAAAUGUAGCGUGAAUUCAAGAAAUUUUGCAAUAGAUGCUCUAUUAGGAAAUAUAAAUAAAUCGAAUGAAUUAACUCAUUCAGAAAAAUAUAUCAACAAGCAAUCAGCUUCAAGCAAUUAUUUCUCAACUGUAACAGAAACAACUUAUCGACAGUUGAACAUUUCUAAGAAUUUAAAUGACAAAAUACAAGAUACAGGUGAUGUACGAUUGGAGCUUUGUUCGAGAAGUUUGUGGACACAAUUUAGUUGUAUUGGCAACGAAAUGAUCGUUAAUAAAACAGGAAGACGCAUCUUUCCGCCUUUAAAAGUGAAAAUCACGGGUCUUCAACCGGAGAAAAAUUAUGUUAUAUGGGUGGAGAUUGCAGCAGUUAGUGAAAAUCGUUAUAGGUAUCAAUAUCAAAGCUGUAAAUGGGUAAAAGCUGGAAUAGGAGAACCUCAAGAUCCUCAAAAUAAGUAUAUACAUCCUGAUAGUCCAGCUACAGGACGUUAUUGGAUGACCCAAAUCGUCUCUUUUGACAAAUUGAAAUUGACUAAUAACAAAUAUCCAAAACUUCCUAAUCAAGUUAUUGUUCAUUCAAUGCAUAAAUAUCAACCUAGAUUUUACAUUUUACCUGUCGAAGAUAUCGUUACGAAUGUUGAAAAGCAAAUAAACCCAUGCAAAGCUCUUAAAUUCGAAUUUAAAGAAACAACGUUUAUAACUGUGACUGCGUAUCAAAACCAAAAUAUAAUUAAAUUAAAGAUUUAUCAUAACCCAUUCGCUAAAGGUUUUCGUGAAAUAAAUCGAAGCAAGGAGUCGAAUAAAUCGAAAUAUCCAAUGUAUCAGCUUUAUUCUUCUCUGCAUAAUUUCAAGCCAAUUUCGAAAGUGCUUCCUAAUUUGUCAUCACAGAUAUUUCAAAGAUAUUUAAGUCAAAUUUCGGCGCACAGGAACUUCAAUAAUAUUCCAAUUUCUACAUUACAGUAUCAAACGUUUCCAGUUAAUCACGAUAUUUUUCCUUCUUAUAUACCUCAACAUAUGAAAAAAUACUCUUUUCAUCCAUAUUAAUAAAAAUUUGUGAAAUAAAAUGUACGAACUAUUCCUC